UGCAGGGUGAGGAGCACCCCGCAAGUGUCAAUGACAAUAAAAUUUGCUAGGUAUUUAUCAUCCCGCAAGAUUUCUUCAAUAUUAUCUUUUCAAUUCCAUCUCCCACGUUCUCAUUUACUCUCUCCUUUUGCACUCUUUGAAGGAACCAACAUCUCUCCCAAACUUGAUUCACUCAGAAAAAACAAAAUAUCCACAAAACCCUUCUUGCAAGUUGCAUCAUUCCUUCCAAGCCUUCUCACACGAUUGCCAUAAGUUGUUUCUAGGGUUUUGGCAUUUGGGGUUUCUCAUACAGGGUUGGUGAUUUCUCGUUCGGAGGUUUUGAUUUUGGGGUUUUCCAAUCAAUAUUGGACGUGGUGUUACUAGCUAAGAAUCGUGAGUUUGAGAUUUCUCAAAGGGAAGGCGGCGACGGUGGAGUUCAGUUUGCAACAGAGUAAUCAAUAGUGGCGCUAUAACGAAGUGGAGCCGAUGUCGACCGCUUAGCGGUGGAGAACACUAUAACGGCCGCCGUAGGGUAAACAGCAGGAUAGCGGAGCUGAGAGGUUACCGGUCCUGAGCAUUUUCUGGCCCGAUAUCUUUUUGCCCUCUAAAAAAUAAAAAUUUCCCCUUAAAUUUACAAUGUUUUAAUGAUAAUUUUGGAAUUUUCAAUCAAAUUUGAGUCGAGACUCAACCUUAACCUUCCUUCGUAGUAGUCGUUUAUGCACUUGAACUGAUACGAUGAAUUAACAUUGGCCUUGAAGUGUUUUGGCUUGGUAAUGUACUUGGCUUGACAUAUUUGUUUGGCAUAUUUGUAUUGGGAUGCAGAAUUGGUUCUGAGCUAGGUUUGAAGUUCGAUUUGGUUUGGGAUAUACUUCAAUUGGCAACAUAUAUGACACUUUUCCCAAUUCCUUACUAUCCAUCAUUAAUUCUUUCAAUAAAUUCAAACCAGCAUAUUUACUUUCUGAUGGAAGAUUAGAGAGGGCAGGGAGGGUUAAAAGGAAAUCUUCUUCUGGUGGACAACUUACUGCUGAUAGCAAUGGCUUGGAUGUGCAUAAAAACAGCACACUCACAACAUCAGUCAUUGCUAUGGGAGAUGAGAUUCUGUUUGGAAUUGUUGAGGAUCAGUUGGGACCAUAUUUAUGUAGGAAGCUGGGUUCCAUUGGUUGGUCCGUGUUGCAAUGUUCUGUAGUUCACAAUAAUAUAGAUUCUGUGGCAGAAGAAGUUGAGCGACGGAAAUCUAAGACUGAUAUGGUAUUUAUAUGGGGAGGUGUAGGUCCACUGCAUUCAGAUGUUACCUUAGCCGGCAUUGCAAAAGCUUUUGAUGUUCGUUUGGCUCCUGAUGAAGAAUUUGAAGAAUAUCUAUGGCUUAUUAUUGGUGAUCAGUGUAUUGGUGAUAGGAAUGAGCAGAAGCAACAUAUUUAGAGCAAGUGGAUAUGGAAACGGCAUCACCACUACAUUUGAGGGAGGCUUUUUUUGAAGAUAAAUAUUUAGAGUAAGUGGAUAUUGCAAAUGUAGCAGAAGCAACAUAUUGAUUAUUAGCCCAUGGUAGAACCCAUGAUAAACCUCCUGGUGUUUCCUGAAGACGGUACUCUUCCAUCUAAAACAAGCUGCAUGCAUAUAUGUUCCAAUAUAUUAGAAUAUUUAGGUAGCAAUAUUGAUGAGUUAGAUUGAAUAAUAUUAAUAUUAAUAUAUACCUUUGUAAUAAGAAUUUGUGCACCAACAUACUUGUCAUCCCAAGCUGCAUGCAUAUAUAUUCUAAUAUAUUAGAACUAGUAACAAACCCGUGCGUUCGCACGGGUUCUGAUAUGGGACGCGCAUUUGUUUCACAUAUUAAAAAAAAUAUUAAAAGUAUGUAAUAUUUUUGUGGAAAAAAAUAAGAAUAAUUAACAUUAAAUUGUGCCUAAAAAAAUUCAGGAACAAAAUUGAAAGAAUUAUGUCUAAACAACCUUUUGUAAUUUCAUGUUCCCGUUAAUAAUCAAUAUUUUGAUCAGUAACUUCAUGUUUUAGUUAAUAUUUAAUGUUUUGUUCACGAAAUUCGUUCUCGUUAACUUCAAAAUAUUUUGAUCAGUAACUUCAUGUGUCUAAAAAAAUUUAGGAACAAAAUUUAAAGCACCAAAAUUAAAUUGUGUCUAAACAACCUUUUAUAACUUCAUUUUCCCGUUAAUAAUCAAUAUUUUGUUC